GCCGCAGCCAAUGAGCACGCGGCCCCGCAUCCGGGGAUCCCGGCGCGGCCGCCGCCUCCCGCGCACACACGGCCAUGGCGGAGGCCUCCUCGCUGGAGAGGCAGAGCCCUCGCGUGGCCUCCUGCCUCACUCACAGCCUGUGCCCCGGGGAGCCCAGCUUGCAGACAACAGCAGUGGUGUCCAUGGGCUCUGCAGACCAUCAGUUCAACCUCGUUGAGAUCCUGUCACAGAACUACGGCAUUCGGCAGGAGUGCGACCCGGCUGCAGGAGACCCGGGGAAGCCGGAGGGAGAGCUGGGGAAGGACUUCAUCUCCCAGAGCAGCGACAUGCCCCUUGACGAACUGCUCGCCCUCUAUGGCUACGAGGCAUCAGAUCCCAUCUCGGAGCGGGAGAGCGAGGGCAGCGACACCACAGCCAAUCUCCCGGACAUGACCCUGGACAAGGAACAAAUAGCGAAGGAUUUGCUUUCAGGGGAAGAAGAGGAAGAGACACAGUCCUCGGCUGAUGACCUUACCCCAUCCGUGACCUCCCAUGAGGCCUCCGAUCUGUUUCCUAACCAGAGUGGAUCCUGCUUCCUGGCUGACGCAGACAAAGAGCCUGGCUCCUCCACCUCAUCUGACACGGAGGAGGACCCUCUUCCUGCCAACAAGUGUAAGAAGGAGAUCAUGGUUGGGCCUCAGUUCCAAGCCGACCUCGGCAGCCUGUACUUGGAGCGCCACGGUGAGAAAAUCUAUGAGAAUGACGACCAGCUGCUCUGGGACCCCAACAUCCUCCCUGAGAGGGAGGUGGAGGAGUUCCUGUACCGGGCGGUAAAACGCAGGUGGCAUGAGAUGGCUGGGUCUCAGCUCCCAGAGGGAGAAGCAGUGAAAGACAGUGAGCAGGCACUUUACGAGCUGGUGAAAUGCAAUUUCAACGCAGAGGAGGCCCUGCGGAGGCUGCGAUUCAAUGUGAAGGUGAUCCGAGAUGGGUUCUGUGCUUGGAGUGAGGAGGAGUGCAGGAACUUUGAGCAUGGCUUCCGAGUGCACGGGAAGAACUUUCACCUGAUCCAGGCCAACAAGGUGCGCACGCGGUCCGUAGGCGAGUGUGUGGAGUACUACUACCUGUGGAAGAAGUCCGAGCGCUACGACUACUUCUCUCAGCAGACGAGGCUGGGCCGGAGGAAGUACGGCCCAUCCGGAGCCACGGAUGCAGACCAGGACCUGGACAGCAGCGACCCUGACGGCCGUCCCCGCUCGUCCCCCCCUCCGCCCCCUGCUGCCGACAGCCUGGGCUCCGAGCAAGACCCCCUGGCACGGAUGCACACAGAGCCGCUGAGCGUAGACAGCACGGCUGUCAGUCUUGGGGAGCCUGGGGAGAGCUCCGACAGCCUCCCGUCCUCGGAGCCGGGGCCCUGUCCGUUUCAGCAGCUGGACACGCCCCCAGCUGUGCCCCUGCCCAGGCGGCCCCCAGCCCUGGCCGAGCCAGCCUUCUACCCCCCGGCUACUGCUGCCCCGGAGCCCAGCACCAGCCCGAGACUGGCUGUGGACUUGGCCCUGCCGGGGGCCCUCCCCGAGGAGCUGCCCCUCAUCUCCAGCCACGUGGAUAUGAACGGAGAGCCCGAGGAGGCUGUGGCCCCAGCACAGGUGGCCUUGUCGGUCACUGAGUUUGGACUCAUCGGCAUUGGGGACGUGAAUCCCUUCCUGGCCACCCACCCAGCGUGCCCAGCCCCCGGGCUGCACUCGGAGCCCCUGUCACAGUAAUACAUUCAUAUGGUUCAAAAUCCAAAAAGCUGUAACGUGAUGACCUGUUGAUCCCUGGCCGCGGGCGGGUGUGUGCGACCCGGACUGGACUCGGGGCCACCGAGGGCCCCGCCUCUGCCAGUCUUCCCGACCCCUCCCCUCCUCGUGGGUCCCGGGGAACGCCGCCUCUGCUUUAGAACACGUCGAGGACGGGGUGAGCGGUGGCCGGGACGCCGCCCUGCCCUCCUCCCACACAGACUGGCACUCUCGGCGCCCAGCACCACUGUUCGUGCUGUCCAGGCCGCUGCCCCCACCGCAGGACCCGCCGGGCAGCUGGAUGCAGGGGCCCGGCCCCGUCUAGCCUGCAGAGGAAGGCGUCCCUGCCCCAUCAGCGAGGUGGGGAGAUGGGGCAGGAUGCUGCCCCACCAGCAGCCUCCACGCGGGGCGCCGUCCACACUCCGCUUGGCUCCAUCUCCCUGCCCCUGGCAGGGCCACAGGCUGCCCCAGCUCGGGGGUCGUGGGCAGCUGCUACUCGGUGCCAAACCCCGUGGGGCACAGAGCCAUAUACCUCGAUGCCGGCCCCGCCCACCCUCGACCUCCACCCUGCUCUCCACGUCAGGAAAAGCCGCACUUUACCCCCCACCUGCCUACCCCCUCUCUCCAGCCUGGAGCAGCCUCAGGGGUGGGGUUGAGGGAACAGGUGACCCACACCCCCCUGCCCCCUUGGUACCAAGGCACCGAGGGGCUGACUCCAGACCAUUCCCCUGACCCCGUGGGUCAUAUUUCUGUUGAAGCUCCCCAGCAAGAUGGUUCGGGGGCCUGGUCCUUCUCUUUCCUAGCUUUCCUCAUUUUAUUUAUGUUUCUGUUUACAAAUUGGAGUGGGGUCCUCCACGGGGCCAGGGCAGUGCUCCCCAACCCCUGGGUGUCACCAGGAGAGGGUUUUGGCUCGAGCCCGUCUGCAGACUUGGCCUCGACCUUCCCUCACCCCACCAAGGACCACACUGUGAAGUGAUAACUGCCUUGAAUCCCUUGCUGUUUUAUUUAUUAAACUUGAUUUGAAGCCCA